AUGGCUUCGGUAGUACUAGGAAUCCUCAUAGUACUAAUUCCGCUUCCACUUUUCGCCGAAGCUCAGACCCCCAGCAGCUUAACCUUGGGCUCCUCGUUGACAGCGAAUGACAGGAACUCUUCCUGGCUGUCGCCAUCGGGUGAAUUCGCCUUCGGGUUCCAGGAAAUGGGAAGAGGAGCUCAUUUGCUGGCGAUAUGGCUCGAGAAGAUAGAGGAUAAAACCAUAGUCUGGUCGGCGAAUGGCGAUAAUCUAGCACCCGAAGGUUCGACAGUCCAGUUGAUCGCCGACAGCAGACUGGUGCUUAUGGACCCAAAAGGAAGUGAGUUGUGGUUUCCUCUCCCGACUGUCACUGGCGCAGCGUAUGCGGCCAUGCUCGACACGGGGAACUUUGUCCUGACGAGCCAGAACAACGUCGACUUGUGGGGGACGUUCAGCCAAUCGACCGAUACGAUACUCCAUACGCAGCAGUUGGAUCUAGGGUCUAAAGUUAGAGCUCGCUACUCUGAAGUGAAUUACUCCGCCGGGAGAUUCCACCUCAUACUACAAGACGACGGAAUCUCGUAUUCUAUGCCACUCCUACCAAGCCGGUCCUAUCAGAUGCUUACGUGGCUAGCAACACCCUUGGUACCGCCUUCCGAGAUAUUCAAUCAAAGUGGUCAGGUCUACCUCACGGCAAUGAAUGGAAGAGUACUAACUCUCGUCACCUCAGACACCAACCCGACCAGCGGAUUUUACCAAAGAGCGAUCCUUGAAUAUGACGAGGUCUUCAGGGAAUAUGUCCACCCAAAGACAGCAAAUUCGAGUUCUGGCUGGGCAAUGGGCUGGUCGAUGGUCUCUUCCCCGGUCCCUCCAAAUAUAUGCACGAGCAUCACCCAAAAUACCGGUCCUGGAGCUUGUGGCUUCAACAGCCACUGUACUCUUGGAGAUGAUCAAAUUCAGAGGCCCCGAUGCCGCUGCCCACCUGGAUAUACUCUGUUAGAUUCGACGAACGAGAUGAACGGAUGCAAACAGGACUUCGCACCACAGAGUUGUGAUGGAAGUAAGCUUGAAACAGACCAUUUUGCUUUGCGUGACAUGCUCAAUACAGACUGGCCGUUGUUUGAUUACGAGCUUAGCGAGCCACAAACCGAGGACUGGUGCAGACAGGCUUGCUUGGCUGAUUGUUUUUGCGCAGUUGCUAUUUUCCGAGAUGGAAAUUGUUGGAAAAAGAGGAUCCCUCUUUCAAAUGGAAGGAUGGAUUCUAGUGUGGGUGGAAAGGCUCUGAUCAAGGUCAGGAUACAUAACUCGAAUUCAAAAUCUACAGGAAACGGAAACAAGAAUUCUACUCUGAUUAUCAUCGGAUCAGUGCUGUUGAGUAGCUCUGUGUUUGUGAACUUGCUUUUACUCCUCAUUACCUAUUUAAUUUAUAGAAGCUUCCGAUCUAGGGAUUAUAAGUCGUCACGACCAGCCCAGAUCAACCAAGCUACAGGCACACAGACUUUCACUUAUCAGGAGCUUCAAGAAGCAACAGAUGGAUUCAAAGAAGAACUGGGUAGGGGUGCUUUUGGAACACUGUACAAAGGUGUUCUUGGAUCCGAUGAAACAAACUUUGUGGCAGUAAAAGUGUUGGCGACAAGGACCGGAGAAAGCGAAAAGGAGUUUGAAAGAGAAGUGAGUGCGAUUGGCCAAACUAACCACAAUAACUUGGUGCAGUUGCUUGGGUUCUGCAAUGAGGGUCAACAUCGAUUACUGGUGUAUGAAUUCAUGAGCAACGGCAGUUUGGCGGAUUUUCUGUUUGGCGCUUCAAGGCCUAGCUGGUACAAAAGAAUAGACAUUGCCUGUGGUGUUGCGCGGGGGCUCUCUUACUUGCAUGCUGAUUGUACCAGGCAUAUAAUCCACUGUGACAUUAAGCCGCAAAACAUUCUUCUUGAUGGAUCUCUCUCUGCAAAAAUAUCAGAUUUCGGAUUAGCUAAGCUCUUGAUGGUGAACCAAACCCGAACCACCACUGGAGUCAGGGGAACCAGAGGUUAUUUAGCGUCAGAAUGGUUCAGGAAUAUGCAUAUUUCUAGCAAAGUAGACAUUUACAGCUUCGGCAUUUUGUUGGUAGAGCUCAUCUGCUGCAGAAAAAAGAACUAUGAGCCGAAAGCCAAAAGUGAAGCUCAAAGUGUACUGGUCGACUGGGUGUAUGACUGCUACCAUGACGGGAACAUAAUUGUGCUGGUGGAGAGUGACGAGGAGGCAACAAGUGACAUGAGGAGGUUGAGAAGAUUUGUGAUGACAGCAUUGUGGUGCAUCCAGGAAGACCCAGCUUUGAGGCCAACCAUGAAGAAAAUCACUCAGAUGUUGGAAGGAGCUGUUGAAGUCUCAGUCCCUCCAGAUCCAAGCUCUUGUAUCAGUUCAGUAUGAU